AGCGAAGUGGCUAUUAAUAACGAUAGCCUAUAAAAGUUAUUCUUGCAACAUUCUCAGCUCAUGACGAUUUUUUCGUCUUAUUGGAGGCAUUUGUACACUAAUAAUAAUGUAAUAACAACUUUAAUCUAAAUAAUGGUACCUUACAAAUAAAGAAAUAAAUACGCUGGAGCUGCAGCAACCCAGCGCUGAGUAAAGUAGCAGACACAUACGCGACCAUAGAAUGGACGGAAAAAUACAGAAAAUCUUUUCAACAGCUAAGUUUAAAGUACUAUAGAACUAUUAAAAUGUAGACACUUAUAUAGAGCAAGCCGCUAAACUACUUUAUUUUUGGAAACCGCUUCUCUGUCCUUUACUUAAUCACCGUAUAUUUAUCUAUUCUAAUCACUAGGUAAAUUACACCAGGCAUUACGGUAAAGUGUAGUCGGUGCGCAUGUUCGUGUCGUUACGGUAGUGUUUAAUCUCAACGAGUCUCAUACGUUCUUCGGCACUGUCUUUAGUGCGCGCUGAUGACAAUGGACGCUCGUGUGUAGAGACGACGAAUAUAAUGAAUGUAACAGAGGACAGCACGGAGCAAUGCGGUAAUAGUCUAACCCGAGAGCUCACACAGAAUCCUUUAAAGAAAAUAUGGGUGCCAUCCUCCACAAACGGCCUUCCAGAGAGACAUAUUAGUCAAAGAAAGGUAUGCAUGACCAACUGCCCCACACUUAUAGUAACCGUUGGUCUACCAGCCAGAGGAAAGACCUACAUCUCCAAGAAACUGACACGCUACCUCAACUGGAUUGAUGUUCCAACGAAAGAGUUUAACGUUGGACAGUACAGACGUGAAUGUGUGAAGAUCUACAAAUCCUUUGAGUUCUUUCAGCCAGACAAUGAAGAGGGGCUUAAAAUCAGGAAGCAGUGUGCAUUGGCAGCUCUCAAUGAUGUACGGCAGUUCCUCACAGAUGAAGGCGGUCAGGUGGCAGUCUUUGAUGCCACAAACACAACAAGAGAAAGGAGAGAGACGAUCAUCAGAUUUGCAGAGCAGAAUGGUUUCAAGGUUUUCUUCGUGGAAUCAGUGUGUGAAGACCCGGAUGUUAUUGCAGAGAACAUCGUGCAAGUGAAGUUGGGCAGUCCAGACUACAUACACUGUAAUACAGAAGAGGCCGUCGCAGACUUUAUGAAGAGGAUCAAAUGUUAUGAGAACUCUUAUCAGCCACUGGAUGAGGAGCUGGACAGGGACCUUUCAUUCAUUAAGAUCAUAGAUGUGGGGCGGCGGUACCUGGUGAACCGGGUUCAGGACCACAUACAGAGCCGAAUUGUUUACUACCUUAUGAAUAUCCACAUCACGCCCCGCUCCAUCUACUUGUGCCGGCAUGGAGAGAGUGACCUGAACAUCAAAGGUCGUAUCGGUGGAGACUCAGGGCUCUCGGCCAGGGGAAAGGAGUUUGCUAAGGCUUUGAGACAGUUUAUCCAGUCGCAGAAUAUACGGGAUUUGAAGGUGUGGACGAGUCAGAUGAAGAGGACUAUACAGACGGCAGAAGCUCUGGGUGUGCCAUAUGAACAGUGGAAAGCUCUCAAUGAAAUUGAUGCCGGCGUUUGUGAGGAGCUCAUGUAUGAGGAGAUCCAGCAGAGAUAUCCACAGGAGUUUGCAUUACGUGACCAGGACAAAUAUCGUUAUCGCUAUCCCAAAGGAGAGUCUUAUGAAGACUUGGUCCAACGGCUGGAACCUGUGAUCAUGGAGUUAGAGCGGCAGGAGAACGUUCUAGUCAUCUGUCAUCAGGCCGUCAUGAGAUGCCUGCUGGCCUACUUUCUGGACAAGACUGCAGAGGAAUUGCCUUACCUGAAAUGCACUCUACACACAGUAUUGAAGUUAACACCAAUGGCCUAUGGUUGUAAGGUGGAGUCAGUCUGUUUGAACGUGGAUGCUGUGAAUACGCACCGAGACAGACCAUCGAACGUAGAUGUGUCACGGCUGCCGGAAGAGGCUUUGUUAACAGUGCCAGAUCAUCAUUGACAAAUGUUAAUGUGCUCCGGACUACCGAAGACGCCCUACAGACCGUCCCGCCUCACCUCUGACCUACAACCACACCGCCUUCUCACUGUUCACUACACCAGUGUCUCUCAUCCAAGCCUGGGUUUGCCAUUACAAAAGGUCAACCCUGCCUUCAGAUAGCCCCUGGUCAGGUUCUGGUCUGUCAUGUUAACCGGUUAAUUAGUUGCUGUAUGAUUUCUACUGAUUGUAUAUAGUAUAUGGUUUCUCACUCCAUGUUUUGAAAGAGCCAUAAUCAGUUUACAUGGCAAGAGAUACACAUAGCCUGGAAGAUUGUGUUUGCACUUACGGGGUUUGGGAAAUAUGCGUUUUGGAUGGAUGUUACAUUUAUUACGAUGGCUCUUAUUUGUAUAUAUGUAAUAUACAUAUAUUUACAGAUAUGUCAGUUUAGUUAUACCAAAUGGGAUCCGCAGGUAUGUUAUUUUGCUGCUCCUUCAAUAGUGCUCUCAUUUUGUCAAAUCUAAAAGGUAAUCUCUGUUAUUUUGAGGGAUGGAUGACAAAAUUUGUGUUCGUGUGCGUGUGAACAUACAAAUCAGAGAAAACACUCAUUGUGUCAAAAAAUGUACUUAAUCUCCCUCUAAUGAUAGAGUGAUUUUAUCUUCAUUUUUUAUGUUCUUUAAGAGUUUAGAUAUAAAUAUCGACCUUUCACCUGACAUUUAAAUUCAGACACUAAUUGUUGAUUCAAGUGCUAGUUAUUUUAAAUCAACAGUGAGUUGUUCAGGCAGGUAUUUUUAUAUCAUGUACAUUUUAUUCCAAAUAACUGCAGAAUAUUCUGACUUUCCAACAGUGAUUUUAACUGCAUGUUUCUGAGAAAUUUUAAGUGCUUGUGAGAGAAACAUAAGCUGUUUGUUACAUUAACAAAUUUGGGAACGAGAUAAAAGUCUCAGUAUUUGUGUUUACGAUAUUAAAUAUGUUCAACAAUGAUUAAUCAAUAUCCAUUUCCAAUUCCAUAAUUAAAAUAUUAAAUAUUAAAAUAUAGUAUUAAACUCUUCAUAAGUUUGUGUCCAUGUCCAAAGAGUGCUGUUAUAUAUACUGUGCAUUUGAAACAGAUCUUGACUAUUUAAAUUAGAUUUUCUGGAGUAUGACUGGUAGUAUUGUUAUGAUUGUUUUGAUGCCAGUAUUACACUAAAUAAAGAUUUUGAAGUUUUGAAGUAGUAGUCCAUUAAUAGUAAAUAAUCACAGAUUUUAAUUAAUUGAAUAUACUGUCUUGUGUAUCCAAAUCGUUUUUCAUAUUGCUACACCAUGUUGACAUAACAGAGAAAUAUUGUACAGCCACAACAGCAUCAUGGGAAAAUAAUAUAUUUGUGAA